AUGAGGUUCUGGGUGGACAACUCUUUGAGGAAGGGUGUCACCAUUCGACCCACUGCAUCUGAAUACGACCUUGUCUCUGCCUACGAGGUUGACCACAAUGAUGAUUACAUAUCCCAUGAAAUCACGCACCAUCAGCGGAGGAAAAGAGCAGUGUCCCAGUUAGGAGCUGAUUCCCUUCACCUUAGGCUAAGAGGAUUCGGGCACGACUUCCACAUGGAUCUGAAAACGUCCAGUAACCUGGUGGCUCCUGGAUUUAUUGUACAGACACUGGGAAAGGGAGGCACGAAAUCAGUGCAGAUGAUCCCUCCGGAGGAUUUCUGUUUUUAUCAAGGCUCCUUGCGAUCCCACAAAAACUCCUCAGUGGCUCUCUCAACCUGCAAAGGUUUGUCAGGCAUGAUAAGAACACAAGACGCAGAUUACUUCUUAAAGCCGCUUCCUUCAUACCUCCCAGGGAAGUUCAAUGGCUCUGCCCAAGGCGGCCCGCACUCCCACAUCCUGUACAGGAGAUCCACAGAGCCCCGAGUACAGAGGAGGAGUGAGACCAUGAUGACCCAGAGGAGGCGGAGCCUGGGACAUCACCACCACUCUCGCCAUGACAGUCAACACCUUCGCAAUGGCUCCAAGCUCCGGCACACACACAAGCAGCAUUUCUGCGGAAGACGCAAGAAAUACAUGCCCAAGCCUCCCAGUGAAGACCUGUUCAUCUUCCCUGAUGAGUACAGCUCUUCCUCACGGCAGAAACGUUCCCUUCUGAAGUCUCAUAGACACGAAGAGCUGAAUGUGGAGACAUUGGUGGUAGUUGACAAAAAGAUGAUGGAGAACCAUGGCCAUGAAAAUAUCACGACCUAUGUCUUGACGAUACUCAAUAUGGUGUCUGCUUUAUUCAAAGAUGGAACAAUAGGCGGGAACAUCAACAUUGCAAUUGUGGGGCUGAUUCUUCUAGAGGAAGAGCAGCCAGGGCUUGUGAUAAGUCACCAUGCUGACCACACCUUAAGCAGCUUCUGCCAGUGGCAGUCUGGAUUGAUGGGGAAAGAUGGAACUCGCCAUGACCAUGCCAUCUUACUUACUGGCCUGGAUAUUUGUUCUUGGAAGAAUGAACCCUGUGAUACCUUGGGAUUUGCACCCAUAAGUGGAAUGUGUAGCAAAUACCGCAGCUGUACAAUUAAUGAAGACACAGGUCUUGGGCUGGCCUUCACCAUCGCCCACGAGUCUGGACACAACUUCGGCAUGGUCCAUGAUGGAGAAGGGAAUGUAUGCAAAAAGUCUGAGGGCAACAUCAUGUCGCCUACGUUGGCCGGACGCAAUGGAGUCUUCUCCUGGUCACCCUGCAGUCGCCAGUAUCUGCACAAAUUUCUAAGCACUGACCAAGCUGUUUGCCUUGCUGACCAGCCGAAGCCUGUGAAGGAAUACAAGUAUCCGGAGAAGUUGCCGGGAGAGUUAUACGAUGCUAACACGCAGUGCAAGUGGCAGUUUGGCGAGAAAGCCAAACUCUGCAUGUUGGACUUUAAAAAGGACAUCUGUAAAGCCCUGUGGUGUCAUCGAAUUGGAAGGAAAUGUGAGACUAAAUUUAUGCCAGCAGCAGAAGGCACUAUUUGUGGGCAUGACAUGUGGUGCCGCGGAGGACAGUGUGUGAAAUAUGGAGACAAAGGCCCCCAGCCCACCCACGGCCAUUGGUCAGACUGGUCUCCCUGGUCCCCUUGCUCUAGGACCUGCGGAGGAGGAGUCUCCCGCAGAGACCGAAGCUGCACAAAUCCCAAACCAUCCCACGGAGGGAAGUUUUGUGAGGGCUCUACACGCACCUUGAAGCUUUGCAACAGUCAGGAAUGCCCUGAGAAUAGUCUGGACUUCCGAGCCGUGCAGUGUGCGGAGUACAACGGCAAAGAGUUCAGAGGAUGGCACUAUAAGUGGAAGCCCUACACGCAAGUGGAAGAUCAGAACUUAUGCAAACUCUACUGUAUCGCAGAAGGAUUUGAUUUCUUCUUUUCUUUGUCAAAUAAAGUCAAAGAUGGGACCCCAUGCUCGGAGGAUAGCCGUAAUGUUUGUGUAGAUGGGAUAUGUGAGAGAGUUGGCUGCGAUAAUGUCCUUGGGUCGGAUGCCACCGAAGACUCCUGUGGUGUGUGCAAAGGAAAUAACUCAGAUUGCAUAGUUCACAAAGGUCUCUACACCAAGCACCACGACACAAACCAGUACUAUCAGAUAGUCACCAUUCCCGCUGGAGCCCAGACUAUCCGCAUCUAUGAAAUGAAUGUGUCCACCUCCUACAUUUCUGUGCGCAAUUCCCUCCAAAGAUACUAUCUGAAUGGACACUGGACUGUGGACUGGCCAGGCCGAUACAAGUUUGCUGGCACUGCCUUCGACUACAGACGAUCCCACAAGCAGCCAGAGAGUCUGACAUCAGCUGGGCCGACCAACGAAACCCUGAUUGUGGAGCUUCUGUUUCAGGGCAGGAACCCAGGUGUUGUCUGGGAAUAUGCUUUGCCUCGGCUAGGGGGUAAGAAGAAGCCGAGCUUCCAGCCCAGCUACACAUGGGCCAUCGUUCGUUCCGAGUGCUCUGUCUCCUGUGGUGGGGGACAGAUGUCCACGAGAACAAGCUGCUAUCAAGACCUAAGGUUUCAAGUGAACACAUCCUUCUGCAACCCCAGGACACGACCUGUCACAGGGAUGGUGUCUUGCAAACUAUCUGCCUGUCCUCCCAGCUGGUCCAUCGGGAACUGGAGUGCCUGCAGCCGGACCUGCGGCAGUGGAGCUCAGAGCCGGCCUGUCCAGUGCACACAGCAGACCCACUACAGAGUGGAGCCAGUCUCGGCCAGCCUGUGUCCUCAGCCCAUGCCCACCAGCAGACAGCCCUGCAACACCCAGAGCUGCCCACCUGCCUGGAGCGCCGGGCCCUGGGCAGAGUGUUCCCGAACCUGCGGGAAGGGGUGGAAAAAGAGGUCCGUGGCCUGUAAGAGCACCAACCCAUCCGCCAGGGCGCAGCUGCUGCCCGACGCCAUCUGCUCCUUGGAGCCUAAGCCCAGGACUCACGAGGCAUGCCUGCUGAAACGCUGCUACAAGCAUAAGAAGCUGCAGUGGCUGGUGUCUGCCUGGUCUGAGUGCUCAGUCACAUGUGACAGAGGAAUACAGACAAGAGUCCUCAGAUGUGCUGAAAAGUUUCUUUCCGGGAAGUACCGAGAGCUGGCCUCCAAGAAGUGCUUGCACCUGCCUAAGCCUGACCUGGGGCUGGAGCGCACCUGCACCCUGUCUUCCUGCCCCAAACACCCCCUGCACCUGUCUGCAGGCCCCCUGCGGGCCACCUGGGUGACCUCACCCUGGUCUCAGUGCACAGCCAGCUGUGGGGGCGGUGUGCAGACCCGGGCAGUGCAGUGCCGAGUGGGGGGCCGGCUGGCCAGCGGCUGUGUCCCCCACCAGAAGCCCGCAGCCUCCCUGGCCUGCAACACUCACUUUUGCCCCAUCGCAGAGAAGAAAGAGGUCUUCUGCAAAGACUACUUCAGCUGGUGCUACCUGGUGCCCCAGCACGGAGUGUGCCGCCACCGGUUCUACGGCCAGCAGUGCUGCCGGGCCUGUUCCAAGUCCAACCUGUAAGUGGGACGCCCCGUGGUCCAGAGAGUCCCUGUUUUCAGCACAAAAUGAUCGGUGCAGACUCCAUGGGAAUGCAUCUGAGGAAGAGAUAAGCCGGAAGAGAAAUGAAGUUAGGCUGUUUGAUGCAGACUGUGUGUGAUGUGCGUGUGUGUGUGUGCUUGUGUGUGAACAUGUGUAUGCACGUGUGUGCACAUGUGUGUGCAUGUGUGCAUGUAUGCAUGUAUACAUAGGUACGUGUGUAUGUGUGUGCGUGUGUGUGAUUGUGAGUCUGGAUGCAUACACCUGUAUUUGCAUGCAU